GUCAUCAGGGCGCGCGGGGUAGGGGCGGAAGUGCCGCGGCCGCCCGUCCUGACGCCAUCGGGGCGCGCGGCGGCUGUCAGGGCGGCACGUGGGUCGGGCGCCGCCGCACCGCUCGCCGCGGCUUCCCGGUCGGAGCUUCGCCGAGAUGCCGCCUCGCGCCCGCCGCCGGGGCCCCGCGCGCCCAUGAGCCGGGGCGGGAGCGUGCCGGGCGGGGGGCCUGGGGGGAGCGGGUCCGUGGGGGGACGCGCUCGCCAUGGAGUUCACGGCGGUCGACUACGCCAUCUUCGCGCUGCUGCUGGUGCUGUCGCUGGCCAUCGGGCUGUUCUACGCGCUGAGCGGCGGCCGGCAGCGCACGGUGCGGGAGUUCCUCCUGGCCAACCGCAGCAUGGGCUUCCUGCCCGUGGCCCUCUCGCUGCUGGCCACCUUCCAGUCGGCCGUGGCCAUCCUGGGCGUGCCGGCCGAGAUCUACCGCUUCGGCACCGAGUACUGGUUCCUCGGCUGCUCCUACUUCCUGGGGCUGCUCAUCCCGGCGCACGUCUUCAUCCCCGUCUUCUACCGCCUGCAGCUCACCAGCGCCUACGAGUACCUGGAGCUGCGCUUCAACAAGGCCGUGCGCAUCUGCGGCACCGUCACCUUCAUCUUCCAGAUGGUCGUCUACAUGGGGGUGGUGCUCUACGCGCCGGCGCUGGCCCUCAACGCAGUGACGGGCUUUGACCUCUGGAGCGCGGUGCUCGCCAUAGGGCUGGUCUGCACGCUGUACACCACGCUGGGCGGGCUGAAGGCCGUCAUCUGGACCGACGUCUUCCAGACGCUGGUGAUGUUCGCGGGGCAGCUGGCCGUGAUCGCCGUGGGCGCCCAGCGGGUGGGCGGCAUCGCCCGCGUCUGGCGCGUGGCGGACGAGGAGGGCAAGAUCUCCGGCGUCGACCUCAACCCGGACCCCUACGAGCGCCACACCUUCUGGACGCUGGCCUUCGGGGGGGUCUUCAUGAUGCUGUCGCUGUACGGGGUGAACCAGGCGCAGGUGCAGCGGUACCUGAGCUCCCGCAGCGAGAAGGAGGCCGUGCUCUCCUGCUACGCCGUCUUCCCCUGCCAGCAGAUCGUGCUCUGCCUCAGCUGCCUCACCGGCCUCGUCAUGUUCGUCUACGACCGCGAGCGCCCGCUGGCCCCCGCCCAGGGCCAGGUCUCCUCCGACCAGAUGGUGCUCUACUUCGUCAUGGACGUGCUGCAGGACCUGCCCGGGCUGCCGGGCCUCUUCGUGGCCUGCCUCUUCAGCGGGUCGCUGAGCACCAUCUCCUCCGCCUUCAACUCGCUGGCCACGGUCACCAUGGAGGACCUGGUGCGGCCCUACUUCCCCGGGCUCUCCGAGUCGCGGGCCACGCUGCUCUCCAAGCUGCUGGCGCUGGCCUACGGGCUGCUCUGCCUGGGCAUGGCCUACGUGUCCUCCAUGAUGGGCCCCGUGCUGCAGGCGGCCAUCAGCAUCUUCGGCAUGGUGGGCGGCCCGCUGCUGGGCCUCUUCUGCCUCGGCAUGUUCUUCCCCUGCGCCAACCCCACGGGCGCCAUCGUGGGGCUGGCGGCCGGCCUGGCCAUGGCCUUCUGGGUGGGCAUCGGCAGCCUGGCGCAGAGCACGCGGGCGGCCGGGGGGGCCGCGACCCCCAACGGCACCGCCGUCCCCACCGCCGCCAACCUCACCGCCAGCCUGGCCACCGCCCUGCUCGCCUCCACGCCGGCCCCGCGGAGCCCCGGCGGCCUGCAGAAGUUCUACAGCCUGUCGUACAUGUGGUACAGCGGCCACAACUCCGCCACCGUCAUCCUCGUGGGGCUCCUCGUCAGCCUGCUCACCCGUCCCACGCCGGGGGAGGCCGUGGACCCCCGCACCAUCUACCCCGUGCUACCUCGCCUCUUCUGCUGCCUGCCCCAGAAGUACCGGGAGAAACUGUGCUGCGGCGUGAGCUUCCCUGCCCAGGGGGCUGAGGAGGCCGCGGCGCCCGCGGACCCCGUGGAGAAGAGCAGCAACGGGCUGCCCAACGGCCCCGCCGGCACCACGGCCCCCGCGGGGGUCCGCCGGCCCGAGGAGGAGGAGGAGGAGGAGGAAGGGCAGGGCUACAUCCGCGCCACGGGGGCUCCCGCCUACGCCGUGCAGGAGACGGCGUUCUGAGCCCCCCCCUCCCGCCCGCCCGGCCGGGCUGCGGGUCCUGGACCGGGAAGCACCAGACGCCGGGUGAGGGGCUGGUCCCUGCCCCGGCCCCCCCGGCCCCGCCGCGGCCCCGAGGCUGCGCUGAGCGCAGUGCCACGCCGGCGGGUGCCCCCGGCCCCUUCCCCCCCCCCCCGGCUGCCCCGGGCCCUGGGACCACAGCUGGGGGCGAGCCCGAGCGGCCCCCCCGGCCCCGUGCCUUACCGCCGGGGCUGCGGCCGGCCCCCUCCCCGCGGCGCCCCUCCGUUCCCCCCCAAUAAACCGUUCCUGCGCA